AUCCCAGACGCGGAAGCCUCCGACUUGCCUCUGCUGCGUCGAUUAUCGGUUAUUCCGAUCCUGUGGCUGUGUUGAUCACUAGUUCACAAUUUUCUGCAAUUGCCAGAUAUCAAUAUGUCUCGAAGAUAUGAUAGCCGUACAACAAUCUUCUCCCCUGAAGGCCGUCUUUACCAAGUUGAGUACGCAAUGGAGGCCAUUGGCAAUGCUGGUACUGCUAUAGGGAUCUUAUCAAAAGAUGGGGUUGUCUUGGUUGGUGAGAAAAAGGUAACAUCUAAGCUUCUGCAAACCUCCACCUCAACGGAGAAGAUGUAUAAGAUUGAUGAUCAUGUUGCUUGUGCUGUGGCUGGUAUAAUGUCAGAUGCUAACAUCCUAAUCAAUACUGCAAGGGUCCAAGCGCAACGCUACACUUAUGCUUACCAGGAACCUAUGCCUGUAGAACAGUUGGUCCAAUCCCUCUGUGAUACUAAACAGGGUUACACACAAUUUGGUGGUCUUAGGCCAUUUGGAGUCUCAUUCCUUUUUGCAGGAUGGGACAAAAAUUUUGGUUUUCAGCUUUAUAUGAGUGACCCUAGUGGAAAUUAUGGGGGUUGGAAAGCUGCAGCUAUUGGCGCAAAUAAUCAGGCGGCACAGUCAAUUCUUAAACAAGAUUAUAAGGAUGAUAUCACAAGGGAAGAAGCUGUGCAGCUAGCUCUUAAAGUGCUCAGUAAAACUAUGGACAGCACAAGUUUGACGUCAGAUAAGCUUGAAUUGGCUGAGGUUUUCCUGUCACCUUCUGGAAAAGUUAAGUAUCAAGUUUGCUCGCCUGAGACGCUGACUAAGCUGUUGGUGAAGCAUGGGGUCACACAGCCAGCAACAGAAACUGCCUAGUCGGCAGAUCCAUGGUUCAUGCAGCUUAAACUAUGCCCAUUUAGUUUGAACCUUGGAUCACCUAAGCUUUUCUGUAAUGUUCUUUUCAAAAGAGGUCAUAUACUGUUGGAAAGAUGUUUCAGAAUUUUAAACUUAUGGUUUUGAUAUCGUGUUUAUCAUAUUCUCAAAACUCCACUUUUUAGGUUUGUUUAUACCCAUGUUUUUUUGUCA